AUGGAUUUCAAGUAUAAUCUGCUUGAAAUACAUUUUCACAAUUAUCUGAUUGGUUUUUACAUUGUUCUGGUAAAAAAAACCUUUCUCAUCAGAUCCAGGACUGCUGCAGACACGCUCAUGAUCGCCAAGGCCAACAGUCCCCUGCAGUAUCCAACACAGGGGGUGGAAGUACGGCCCCGGAAAACAAUCAUCAUCCCAGGCUUGGCCUUACACGACCUUUCCAGAGACCAUUACACAAUAAACAUCACUGCCACACUAGGAACACUAAACGUAGAAGCAGAAGUGGAGGAAGUGGAAAUAAAAGGUGAUGGAGGGAUGCAUAUGAGUCUGUCUAGCAGUUUGCUGCUGAACUUGAACCGACAGCUGCAGUUUGUCACCUACACAAACACAAAAUAUCAUCCCAACACUGCAGACACAGUGGAGUUUAAGACGGAAGGUCAUCAGGCUGCCUUCACCAUCAAGAUCCGUCAUGGAGCAACUCCAAAACUUUAUGACACUGGACCUAAGGAAGAGUACAACGUCAGCAAGAUUGUUACCAUAGUGACAAAGACUUUCCUGCGUUAUGAAAAGCUUCAAAACCUUAUUGACAGCAUCAGAAAAUACUAUCCCACAGUCAUGAUAGUAAUUGCUGAUGAUAGCGAUAACCCAAAAACCAUUUCUGGGCCUUACAUCGAGCAGUACAUCAUGCCUUUUGGGAAGGGUUGGUUUGCUGGACGAAACCUGGCCAUUUCCCAGGCCACGACCAAAUAUGUGCUUUGGGUGGACGAUGACUUCCUCUUCACUGCAAAUACCAAGCUGGAGAAGCUUGUAGACGUUUUAGAGAGGACCACUCUGGAUCUGGUUGGGGGAGUAGUAGGUGGUGGUACCUUCAGACAAACCAUCUCCAUCGAGCCAGGAGAGGAAGACGGAGACUGCUUGCACAUCAGAAGAGGAUUUCAUCAUGUAAUUGAGGAAUUUCCUCACUGUGUUGUGACAGAUGGGGUCACUAACUUCUUCAUGGCUCACACGGAUAAACUCCGGCAGGUCGGCUUUGACCCCCUCCUCAGUAGGUUAGCUCACAUUGAGUUUUUCAUCGACGGCCUUGGAUCGCUCUAUGUUGGCUCCUGCGAUGACGUUACCAUCAAUCACCAACCCAAAGUCCAUCAACCACCGGCCAAGCAGACCUACAACGAGAAUAUGUACAACAAGUUUCGCCACCCUUCGACCUUCUCUGACUCCCAAAAUAUAAAAUACGGCCUCAUGUACUUCAAAUACCGUUUGCAUUGCCAGACUCGUAAUUAGCAUUGACAUCUCUCCUAGUCUCUCUGAAGGUUUGUCUGUUCUUCCUGAAUCUGCAAAGAUGUUUUUCUCCACCCUGCACUGGCAGAUAAAACUUGUGGCAACUUGGUUUGCUCUGCUGUUAUCUGCCUUUGAGGCAGUACUGUAAAAACCUCAAGAGGGGAUUAAUGGGAUGUUUUCUGGAAUAAAUUUGGUUUCACCUAGACAGUCUUCUUUUUAGGCCCGAUCAGCUAAA